AUGGCUUCCCCACAAAAAGUCCUCAUCAUCCUCUCAGAUGCCGACCACUUCGACAUGAAAAAGACCUCGGGCGCAGAUGCCGGAAAAACAGUCUCUCAACCAUCCGGUUUCUUCAUGAUGGAACUCGCAAAACCUCUCUCUGCCCUCCUCGACUCCGGCUACGAAGUCACCUUCGCAACACCCGAAGGCAAAGAACCCGUCCCUGAUCCUCUGAGCACCUCUCUUCUCGCCUUUGCCGGAAACUUCUACGAGCGACGCCGCGAGACUGAACUGCUUGAGCGCAUGAAGAAGGAAAAUGGAUUUUCUUCGCCGAGGAAAUUCAGAGAUAUCAAGGAUGAGGAAUUGGAGCAGUUUUCUGGUGUUUUCAUCCCUGGUGGCCAUGCGCCUUUGACGGAUCUGGGCGAUAACAAGGAUUUGGGAAGGAUUCUUGAACACUUCCACAAUAAGCAGAAACCCACUGCUACCAUCUGUCAUGGACCUUGGGCUUUCCUGUCCACCAAGGUAUCGAGUGGGAAGUUCAUCUACGCUGGCUACAAACUCACUUGUUGGUCUGAUAUGGAGGAGUCAAUGAUGGAGACGAUAUUGGGUGCGGAGAUUCCCAAGGUGGAAAGCGCAUUGAGGGCGGAAGGUGCUGACAUGGUGGAGGGUGCAGCUCAGAAGGUUGGAUAUAUCACUGUGGACCGUGAGGUUAUCAGUGGUGAUAACCCUAUGGCUGCCAACGCUAUGGCAGACAAGUUUAUCCAAAUGAUGAAGGCUUAG